UAAUACCAAUAAAAUUUCGUUAUCGUAUAAUCAUAUCACUUAACCAUUUUAUGUAGUGUUGAUUUUACUAAUAAAAUUAAUGUAUCUUAGCGUGUCGACAUAAUUAAGUUAAAAUCAAUUUUCCAUAUACUCCGUCACAUCAUUAUCAGUGGAAAAUUCAUUCGGUUGAUGGAUAAGUUUUGUUGUUUGUGUCAUUUCAAUUUCAAUAAAAAAUAUUUCUGUGACUUUUCCGUGCGAAAAUGUUAGUCAAACAUAAAAUUGAAUUUUUCGCGGAAUGAAUACACUAAAAAAGUUCUCAGUGGAAACUCAUAAAGGCAGGUGGGCCAGCUUCCAGGCAUGGAUAAAAAAAUGGAAUAAAAUUAUGGCAGUCAUAUUUAGUGCACUCGGCAUUACGCUGUUAUUGUCUACGGUGAUCGUAAAUGCGUUGGAAGUUCACGAAGAGAACCAGAAGCAUCGCAACGAACGGCUUAAACAUGAGAAUCCCCGUCUAAAUUUAUUUGAAAUAUGUCACGUUGAUCCGAGAGAAGCAUGUUCGUUAUACUGUAGCGCUGGCGUCUCAACAGGCAUAUCGAACGAAUUAAAUUAUCAUUGGGAAGAGAAUCCUCAUUGCCAAUCCAUAGGUAUAAGUAUCGAGGUUGCAUCUACAAUUUAUUUUCCAAGGUUUACAAUACCUCCAGAUUGGUUAGAUGGAAACUACAAAUUGAAAGAAUUGCAGAUCGACGUAGAAAAUAUUUUUGAAAUUUGUCAGAACGCUUUCGCUGGCGCAGUAUUUGAAUGGAUGCAGAAAUUAGUUCUAAUUAAUUUUCAUUUACAUUCUAUGGAUACGGCGAUACUACAAAAAAUCUUCGUUGAACAGCACUUUAAACACCUAACAAUCACAAAGAAUUUAUCUACGGAACAAUUAGAAAGUGCUAAGGUGGAACUGCACGCCGAUUCAAUUUCCUACUUGAAAAAGAAUCAAAAAUAUCAAGUUCAAAGUGUGAGUAAUGUAACCGAUACAUCAACAUGGUCAACAAAUAUGAAUGGAGUUUUAAUCAUAACUUUGACGAUUGUGAGUUGUAUGUUGAGUUUUUCGUUAGGACUCUGUAUUCGAUACAAUUACUUGAACCGGAAAAUGUUUUCAAAUAAAACGAACAGAGAUCGUACAAUAUUUGUGAUUGAAAAUAAGGAAAGUGUUUAAGUGAAUCGGUUGCGAUGGAAAACAUAAUAAAAUGAACUGCUAAAAUACUAGUGAUAAAAUCGUAGAUAUAUAAAAUUGUACAUAGAAUAGACCUAACUGAUAAAAAAAAAUUGUUUUGUUGUACAAUUUGGUUGUGUCACAGACUCUUUCCAGACCAGUUGAUUGAGUUGAAGAAAGUUAUCC